CGGGCCGUUGCCGCGACGACGGAGCUCCCGCCAUGCCUCGCGGCGGCGGGCUAAUGGCGUCGGGGGCGCGGCUGCAGUUACUGCUCGCGCUCUGGACGCUGGCGGGCCCGGCCCGGCCGGUGGCCGCGGACGCGGGCGACGGAGGGUGGCAGCGACGCGGGCCUGGGGCGGCGGUGGCGGAGGAGGAGCGCUGUGCCGUGGAGCGUCGGGCCGACCUUAGCUACUCCGAAUUCGUGCAGCACUACGCCUUCUCCAGACCCGUCAUCCUCCAGAGGCUCACAGACAACUCGAGGUUCCGGGCCCUGUGCUCCCGAGAAAAGCUGCUGGCCUCGUUCGGGGACAGCGUGGUACGGCUGAGCACUGCCAACACCUACUCCUACCGGAAAGUGGACCUGCCCUUCCAGGAGUAUGUGGAGCACCUGUUACACCCCCAGGAUCCUACCUCCUUGGGCAACGACACUUUGUAUUUCUUUGGGGACAAUAAUUUCAGCGAAUGGGCGUCACUUUUCCAGCACUAUUCCCCACCCCCAUUCAGCCUGUUGGGUACCACAGCUGCUUACAGCUUUGGAGUUGCAGGAGCUGGUUCUGGGGUGCCUUUCCACUGGCACGGGCCCGGCUUCUCAGAGGUGGUCUACGGCCGCAAGCGCUGGUUCCUGUACCCUCCCGAGAAGACACCGGAGUUCCACCCCAACAAGACCACGCUGGCCUGGCUUCAGGACGUGUACCCAGCCCUGGCACCAUCUGAGAGACCCCUGGAGUGCACCGUCCAGGCUGGCGAGGUGCUGUAUUUCCCUGACCGAUGGUGGCACGCCACACUAAACCUGGACACCAGUGUUUUCAUCUCCACCUUCCUCAGCUAGCCAGAGUGGGCGGCUGGUAGUCGGGGAUGUCUCGCUUCUACAGCACAGACAGUCCAGUCAGGCACCAGGAAGGGGACGCCGCUCCGACGCCUGCUCCCCAGCGCCAGAGGACCUACCCGGGCUUACCUUUCUUUUCUCGUCCACCUGGGAGAAAAGCUCAUCCAUGUCUGCUAAGUACUUGUCCUG